GAUUUCUCCAACUCUCAAUCUGCCACAAAGCAUCGAAAACCCUCGAAUCCAGAAAUCCACCCUUAAUACACAGUCAAGCACGAAAUAAACACCUUCCAGCUCUGCAGUUACAAAUAUAGCCAAUAUGGCGACCUUCUUAGAACAGUCGUACAGCUUGGUACAUCAGGACAAUGCAGCAGAUGUACCUUCAAUGUCAGAUUUGAGGACGCAGUUGGAGAAAGGGACAGAUGAGAGUAAAGUCGAAACUAUGAAGCGCAUUCUCACAGUUAUGCUGAAUGGAGAUCCGAUGCCUCAAUUACUCAUGCAUAUCAUUCGAUUUGUUAUGCCUUCGAAGUAUAAGCCAUUGAAGAAGCUUCUUUACUUUUACUACGAAAUAUGCCCAAAGUUGGAUGCCAGUGGGAAACUCAAGCAGGAAAUGAUCUUGGUUUGCAAUGGUAUAAGAAAUGAUCUCCAACAUCCCAACGAAUAUAUCAGAGGAAACACAUUGCGAUUCUUGUGUAAGCUCCGCGAAUCAGAACUUAUCGAACCUUGUCUCGCCCCAACUAAAGCAUGCCUUGAGCACCGUCAUGCAUACGUCCGUAAGAACGCAGUUUUUGCUGUGGCUUCUAUCUUCCAACACUCUGAGAGUUUGAUCCCAGAUGCCCCUGAAUUGAUAGCCGCAUUUCUGGAGACAGAGAGUGAUCAUACCUGCAAGCGCAAUGCUUUCGCUGCAUUGGUUAGCAUCAGCCACGACAAAGCUUUGGCAUAUCUCAGUAGUGUCUUUGAUGGCAUUCCAAAUGCAGACGAGCUGCUACAACUUGUGGAGCUGGAGUUCAUAAGAAAGGAUGCGGUUCAGAAUUCACAGAACAAGGCACGAUAUUUACGACUCAUCUUCGACCUUUUGGAAGCCGGCGCUUCUACCGUCGUUUAUGAAGCUGCUUCAUCUCUCACAGCAUUGACUAAUAACCCGGUAGCGGUGAAGGCGGCAGCCUCGAAGUUUAUUGAACUUAGUAUCAAGGAGGCCGACAACAAUGUUAAAUUAAUUGUGCUCGAUAAGGUGGACUUGUUAAGACAGAAGAAUGAGGGAGUUCUGGACGAUUUAACCAUGGAGAUUCUGCGCGUUUUAUCAAGCACCGACAUCGAUGUACGAAAGAAGGCUUUGGAUCUAGCUUUGGAGAUGGUUUCUAGCAAGAAUGUCGAGGAUGUUGUCCUACUCUUGAAGAAGGAGUUGUCGAAGACUGUCGACCAGGAAUACGAGAAGAAUGCCGAAUACCGACAGCUUCUGAUUCACUCCAUACAUCAAUGCGCAAUUAAAUUCUCAGAAGUCGCUGAAAGCGUUGUUGAUCUCCUCAUGGACUUCAUCGCCGAUUUCAAUAACACAUCAGCCGUUGAUGUUAUUUCCUUUGUUAAGGAGGUGGUCGAGAAAUUCCCCAAACUUCGACCAUCCAUAGUUGAGCGUUUAGUGUCAACUUUAAGCGAGGUUCGGGCCGGAAAAGUUUACAGGGGAGCUCUCUGGAUCGUUGGAGAAUACUCUCUAGAGGCCAAUGAUAUUAGAGAUGCUUGGAGGCGUAUAAGAGCUAGCUUGGGCGAAAUUCCUAUCUUAGCUUCUGAACAACGUCUCCUCGAUGAAGCAACGGAUGGGCAAGAGCCAAAAGAGCCAGAACAGACCAACGGACAUUCCAAAGCAGCCCCAACAGGCUCAAGGAGAGUCCUUGCAGAUGGUACCUAUGCCACUGAAAGCGCUCUCACAAGUCAAUCUGCUGUUACAGCCAAAUUGGAGGCUGUCAAAGCUGCUCAAAAACCACCUCUUCGUCAACUUAUCCUCGACGGAGAUUAUUAUCUAGCUUCUGUUCUUUCUUCUACCCUUACAAAACUUGUCAUGCGCCACUCUGAAAUCUCAUCUGAUACUGCCAGGACUAAUGCCUUACGCGCUGAGGCCAUGUUGAUCAUGAUUUCAAUCAUUCGUGUAGGACAAUCGCAAUUUGUCAAAGCACCAAUUGACGAGGACUCAGUGGACAGAAUUAUGUCUUGUGUUAGAUCACUUGCCGAGGUAGCCCAGAAUAAGCAACUCGAAAGCGCGUUCUUACAGGACACCAGAAAAGCAUUCCGAGACAUGGUUCAAGUAGAGGAGAAGAAGCGAGCAGCUAAGGAAGCAGUAGAGAAAGCUAAAUCCGCUGUUCAAGUUGAUGAUGUAGUCUCCAUCAGACAGCUUGCAAAGAAGAACACGAUAGAUGGUGCAGAUGAGAUUGAACUAGACCUUGAAAAGGCGACUGGAGGAGAUUCCUCAGUGGAAGAUCUUUCAUCAAAACUUAGCCGAGUCGUGCAACUAACUGGUUUCUCUGAUCCGGUCUAUGCUGAGGCAUACGUUACAGUACAUCAAUUUGAUAUCGUUCUAGAUGUUCUUCUAGUAAACCAAACAACAGAGACUCUUCAGAAUUUGUCUGUCGAAUUUGCAACACUUGGAGAUCUCAAGGUUGUAGAGAAGCCAACUACUCAAAAUCUUGGCCCACACGAUUUCCAAAACGUACAAGCUACCAUCAAGGUUUCCUCGACAGACACUGGAGUAAUCUUUGGAAAUGUCAUUUAUGAUGGCGCAAGCUCAACCGAGAAUAAUGUGGUCAUCUUGAACGAUGUGCAUGUCGAUAUCAUGGAUUACAUCCAACCUGCUGUAUGCACAGAAACUCAAUUCCGCACAAUGUGGACAGAAUUUGAGUGGGAGAACAAGGUCAACAUCAAUUCGAAGGCCAAGACAUUACGUGAUUUCUUAGAUCAACUCAUGGCUUGCACAAAUAUGAAUUGCUUGACUCCUGAGGCUUCAUUGAAGGGCGAUUGUCAAUUUUUGAGUGCCAAUCUUUACGCACGAAGUGUUUUCGGGGAGGACGCUCUUGCUAAUCUCAGCAUUGAGAAAGAAGGUGAGGAUGGACCAGUCACUGGAUUUGUUCGUAUCAGAAGCAGGUCUCAAGGUUUAGCACUCAGCUUGGGGUCAUUAAAGGGGUUAAAUAAGGUUGUAGAGGUCGCAUAAGGAGGUGAAAAAUGAUGACGAAAUCUGUAUCAUCAGUCUAUUGCGUCCGGAUUAAUGGACGUCGGGGAACAAUUACAACUGCUAAUAAGAUGAAGAUGAAGAUGAAGAGGAAAAUAGGAAGGCACUGGAAGGCUGAAGCAGGCUCAACUAAAGGCGUCAAUCUAGUUCAAGUCGUGUUGUGUUACAUGAAAGCCUGCCUUUUAUUUUGGUCGUUGAAAUGAUGAUGAUUGGGGAAUUUUGCGCAAAAAAAGCACAAACAGGAGUUUUAUCUAGAACCAGAGAGGCAUUACUCGAUUAGCA